UUCCUGGCAUGGGGUCGCCAUGCUGAUGGCAUGCAUGCGGUUUGCACCGGCUGUGAACCAAGGCCCUCGUACCUCAUCUGCAUGGGCGACGCUGGAAGGAGACAAGCAGAUGAUUACUAUUCAUGAUGGGGAAUUACAGACCACCGACUUUUCCGGCGACUCAGCGCGGACGCCUGUAGCGUGGGCGACAUUUCAAGACGACAUAGAAGAGAGCGGGUGGUCGUAUCUUCAAGUGGAGAGCAAUGAGCGCGUGCCUGACGAUAUACAAGCCUACGCAGCCGGAGCGCUGGAAGCUCACCUUACUCGUCGACGGUUACAACAGCACUGGACGAACCUUUUCGCGGAUUACUGUGAAAAUCAGGCAGAGUAUUGCCGUAAGCUUGAACAAUUCUUUUUGCAGAACAUCAAGUACACACUAGAACAAGGCCAUCAACGCAGGCACGACGACUCAUUCUGGAAUAUGGUGUACCUUCAUUACAAGCAAAUGACGGGUCUCAGCGAUGCAUGGGAAAAUCAAACUCUCGAUGUUUCACGAGAGAUACAAGGAGUCCCGCGAGUUUUCUAUAUGAACGUUUUGGAUAACAUUUACGAUUUGGAAAGUGUGCUUGGGAGGAAGAAAGACCUGAACUCGAUCGCACAGACCCUGGCCUGCACUGCGCUCGUGAAGAUUGUUGGUGACUUCGAUGACUUGUACAUGGCUCACGACACGUGGUUCCUUUACCGUGGAAUGCUGCGUGUACAAAAGAUGUACAUAUUUCCUUGGCACCGCACUGCGUCGGAUACUACGCCAG